AUGCCCGACGUCAGCAACACAGUGGCAGUAUCGCCUGAUGGGCGCCAUAUAUUCGCUACGGGUACUUACAAACCAUUUCUCAAGUGCUUUGAUGUGAACGAUUUGUCACUCAAAUUUUCGCGAGGCUUGGAUGCUGAUGUUGUAAAGCUAACUGUUCUCAGUGAAGACUAUUCGAAGGUAAGUUUUCCAGGUGCUUGUAUGUCAGAAUUGGUUUACGCGCUGAAAAACAUACUUAAAACACUGAUUUCUUCUUCCAGUAGCGAAAUAUACCGGUUAAAUUUGGAAGAGGGUAAAUUUCUGGAGCCGCUUGUGACAUCAUCACCAUCAUUGACCUGUUGUGAGUUUAACAACGAGCAUCAGCUGUUUGUGUGCGGUACCAGUGAUGGCCGGAUCGAAGCCUGGGAUCAUCGGGAUGCAAGUCGAUGCGGUAUACUUGAUUGCGCUGUACACCUACAGUCUGAGUAUAGUAAAAGGUAA